GGCGAUCCCAAGAUUUGAAAGUAGCGCGUCGAUGCGCUCCUGUAGGUGAUCGUCAUAGAUCGAAAAGGGAGAUAGCUCCACACAUUUCUUCAACAUGGGUGCGGAAGCAAUGCUCGAGGAAGAUGCGAGGGAGGACUGGAUCAGUCGUGGGUUCAACAUGAACGACUUCAGCUUGAAGAAAAUGACAGCGAUAUGGGACACGGAAGAGAAAGAAGACGUGAAGCGAGCGAAGAAGUUGAAAGUGCUCCAGCACAAGCACAAACCAUUGACGGAAGACAUCAAGCGCGUGGUGACCAAGGUUUCGUCCGAGCUGGAACACGCGUCCGAGACCGUUCGGGAGACGUUGCGGCAAUUCGAGCCCGUGAUCCUCCGCGACCGUCGGUGGCUAAGGGAACACGUUGCGGUGAUCUAUCGUAUGGACGACGAAUGCACCAAGUACAAGCUCAUGAAGGUGACGAACCACGCCAAGUUCAUGGCCACGGCCAAGACAGAGCAAGCCAAGAACGUCGAGCGGCAUGGACGCAUCGAGCACAAGGCGCCACUUCUUCGACGGCUUCGGGAGAUGAAAGAAGAAGCGGACAAGCGCGACCGCGCCCAAGCGACCGAGGAACUCGAGACAAAGUGGAAGUACUGGCACGACCUGGAGAUAGAAGAGAGGGAUCGGUACGUGUCCCAGACACAAACGCACAACGACGCGCAUAUUGCGUACAAGCGCAAGAUGAACAUGCAGUACUGGAAGUCCAAGUUGAAGGACGGGCGACGCGAGGCGGUGGCCGUCCGCGCCGCGCUCGACCGCUCGCGCGCAAUGGAUGUGCAGCAUGCCGUUCAAGACGUGGUGGACGGAUUGGACAUGUGGGAAGCGGAAGAAGGCGCGAGUGCCGCGUACGGCACGCUGCGGCGCCAGACCGAGUCGUCACUGGGUGUGUUUGGGGGGGCGUUGUUCAGUUCGUUAGACGACGAUGAUGAGUUGGACCCACCACCAGAACUUGACAGCCACACGAUUGCAUUUCCCACAGCGGGGCCAUUCGACACGCGACGAGAACUGCAGCGAGUAGAGUUGAUGGAUCACCAGUCCAACCUACGCGCUUUGGAAGAAAAGAUGGAUCGAUUGCGGGUUCUAAAGGCCAACGCUGUGGACGACCGCAAGUGUAUCGUAGACAAAAAGGCGGGGGUUGUUCGGGGGCUGAGUCAAGCCAAGGCGGCUCACCGCGAGGUGCUCGUCGGUCUCGCGGGGCCCCCGAGGAGGGAGCCGUCGGACGCCGACCGGCUGUAUAUCCACUCGUUGCUGAAACAGGCCGCGGAUCUAUCGGCGGAGCUCAAGGAGCUGUCGAUUCGAGACCGACUGCUCACGGAACGGUUGACGGGGUGGACGGAAGAAGAGCACGCGGUGGCAGAGCAACUGGCGCAUGCGGCCGGCGUCGUCGGGGCAAUGGAAGCGGCGGUCGCCGACAUGGACAAGGCCCAGAACGACCUGCCCAUGGUUGUGGGGCGAUCCAUCGCCCAUACAGUUGACCAGACAAUGACGUGGCAGCACCAACACAUGUUGCCACGGGAAACAUUGGCAGCAGUGACCCAACGAACCAAGCUGGAGCUGCUCAAGGCGGCCGCGAUGCCAGCAUUUCAACUGUACGAACAAGCGCGGUACCUUGGACUCGAGUCGUGGAAGCUGUCCAAGCAAAAGAUGGUGGAUCAAGCCGAGCUGGAGCUUACGGUGCACCGUCUAGCCAAGCUCCAAGACACCCUAACCAAGCAGCAGUCGCUCAACCAGCGGUCCGACGUGAUUAACGCGCUACAAAACUUUCAUAACCACCGGCAGCCCCUACAUGCUGUCAAGAAAAUCUCAACGGGAUUGCUCGACUGGUGGAAAUCGCGCGAUGUGUCGACGUCGUUAGGCGUGUCGUUGGCACGAGACGAUGCCACGUGGAUCGGACUGGACCCAGGCAACCGCCGAGGCAUUUUGCGCGGCGCCGUGCUCCUCCCUACUCACGCGUUAUGGAAACUUCGAUUCGAGAUUGCCAUGGUAAAGCCUCGAGAUAUGGACGUGGACGCUGCGCUGUUUACGCCUGAGGACCGCGUGACGGUCAGUUUCGGGCUUACGAGCGGCACCGUGGGCCAAAUCGGAUCGUUUUCUGCCAUCGACGACAACGGCCGCCUGUGUGGAGCCCACUCGAUCGUGCAAGACUACGUCGGCUCGCGGCUGUCGUAUUGCAUCGAGUUUUUCCGGAGUUCGACGAGCACCAUGUCGCACACAGUUGUUGUGCUGGGGCUGGCGGUCGCGGGAACAUUCACUCAAGACGACUACACCGCCGCCGAUGCGAAUCCUCAAAGUGCCGCUGUCGUCCACCAUGCGGGGGGGGGUUCGCAUGUGCUGUCCGAGUAUGUAAAAAUGCUGCGAGUGCAGGCACAGCAGGGUAACCACCGGUGUGCGUCGCUCUUGGAGGAGCUCAUCAAGGUCGAGCUCAGCGACGCCGAGGUGUGGGACUCGAACGUUCUGCACGGACACGCCCAGCGAUUUCCCCGGCUCACGUACGCCACACAAUUGCGGCAAGCCAUCCAGCACGAAAUUUCCAAGGCGAUUCAACACGAUAUCAAUAAACGAAGGAUGGUGGCAGCAGUUGGAGACUUGUCCGUUCCCCGUGGAUCUUGUCAUAUUCAGCAGCUUCAAGGAAUACAUGAUCACGAUGACAUGGACGAUCGAGAUGGAAUAGAGCAGUUCAAAGCGCCUAUUUCUCGAUUGGACCAAUCCAUGCUGAACUACCGGCACCGCAAGAGCGAACAUAUUGAAGUGGCCACGUCGACUGCGCGGGGAAUGGUUGGCCAGCGCGUGCAGUUACAUGGACAGGACGACAGAUGGCAGCAAGGCAUCAUAUUGGGGAUGCGCGUCGAGUGGAAAGAAGGCGGGACAAAGCUGGACAUUUCGCACCAGGUGACUGUGGCGUCCAAUACAUCCACUUGGGUGAAUCUAGCCCAGCAAAAGAAUGUGUUGGUGGCCAACGACAUGGCCCCGUUGGUCGUGCUCGAGCGCCGCGAGAAGCAAGUCCAAGAUGAGAAAUGGAAGGAGAUGGUAGCCCAGAAACUAAACGCUCCCACGAAAUCAUUGCUGGAAAUUGAGCAAGAAUACACGAGUAUCAACACGCACGAAGACGCCCAAUUUGAAAACGCACAAGCACUCGACUUGAUUCGCCGACAAAAGGCGGUGACACAUGACGCCCAGCGUACUUGCACGUAUGACCCGCAAGUCGUGUCGCUCUUGGAGGUCGAAGCCAGGCGGUUGAUGCAAAGUGUAAACCACCCAAAUGUCAUCACGUUCGACGUGGCGCUGCACACGUUAAAGUCGAAUUAUAUUCGACAAACAGUGGACGCGCGCAUGGAAUUCAUCAAAAAGACAUGGGCGCGCAAGAACAAGCGCCGCCUCGACAAGCGAAAGGCCGACCGCGACCAGCGCAAACGCAAAUAUGACCACAGCCACCAGCAAGUACUGGAAUUGACCAAGGACGAACGACUGGAGCAGGAGAAUGCCGCCAAACAGCAGCAGGCCGACGCCCACGGAGCGGCCCUGCGCGCGGCAUUGCAAAUUCCCCACUUCCACCUUGCCGUGGCCCCUGAACCCCCCUGUGCUCAUCGCGAAUUGAAGCAGUGGGGAGCCAAGUACGACAAGGGCGUCAAGUGCAAACAAUGUGGCAAAGAAAUGAGUCGGUCAUUUGACGAUGUGGACGCGGCGCGCGGGGCCGACCCGGCCUUGGACCACGACGUGGAAAUGCAUCGGCUGUUUGAAGCGAGUUUUCGGUUUGAAAAUGCAGAGCAUUUGCGACGAGUGGAAGAUGAGCGCGUCCGGUUGGAGAAAGAAGCGCGCCAAGUGCAGCUGGCCGAAGUGCACUCGUACGAUUCGACGCACAUGCAGGCCAUUGACGCGCUCAACUUUCGCCACGUGAUGGGACGAAACGUGGACGACCGCGACGGCCCCCGCAACGACCGCGAUAGACACGUGGCAGCGUAUCGUGACGAGUUGAGUUUCUUUGGUCGUGUCAACCAAUAUCGGUACCGGCUUCGGAUUCUGCAAGAUUUACGCGGAGCCGCCUACAAGGAGCGGCUGAUUGAGGUAGAGUCACUCAGUCAAUUGCAAGUGGAGCGCAGCACGACGACUCAAGUGGUCGCUAUAGUUCAAGUCGAACAAGAACGGGCGCGGCAACUGCUCACAGAUCGAAAGAUCGCCAUCGACACGUACAAUGCGUCUGCCAAGCACUUGCAAGAAUGCCUUGUCGAGAAAACCUUGGCGUUUCGGGCGCGGGAAGGCGUCGAGGAAGAAGCUAAGCUCGCCAUGCUGCAUGCUGCCGCGCUAGAACGCACCACUGCCAACAUGCGUCUGCUGUGGGAUGCCGCCCAUACCGAUCGGCAGCAAGUUAAGGAAUCCAUUCAGACGCUGAAAGGGCAGCUGGAAGGCGCCAUGGAAGGUCGACAUGCGCUCGGUGAUCGGCUCUUGGCGCUGCAAUACCGAAAAAAACGCACCAAGGUGCACACCCCGUACGGCGUGGGUGUAGUGCAGUACUUUCGAGAAUCAGACAACAUUCUUGCAAUUCGACUGAGGACAUGGAAGGCCACCGUGUACAUGUCGUUGGUGCACUUUACCCAGGCCGCGAAAGCGAUGCAGCAACGGGAGCUCUUGGCAAUGCGAAGCGUGGAAGUCGAGUGCAAAGCGUUUGUUAGUGCCGAGCGACGCCGUGAAGCGUCCGAGUGCCACGUCAUGGAAACGGAAGAAGCACUGUGUCGAGAAAUCACGGUGUGGGCCCAACAAAUGGCGGCCAAGCAAGGCCACAUCCGCGUCGCCGUGACCAAAGUGGAAGUGCAGACCCAAGUCCGGAUGGCGCUCCGAGACGCCAAGCGGCGGUUCCGCACCGAGGCCGAGGCCGACGCCGUCCGCGCGCAUGCCGCCAAGAUCCGCCUCGUUCGACCCAAGCUCAAGACGAUGCCCAAGAAGCUGGCUCCUCAACGCUCCACCAGCAUGGCCAAAAUGACGGCGGCGAUGGCGAUCACAUCAACCAACAAUGCCACCACGAAUUCCGCGACCCCAGCAGCACUCCCAAAGGUCUCAAAACAGUCGACAUUGGACAAGACACGCGUGGCGAGGGCCGCGUUGAAGCGCAUUCUCAUGGCUCAUGCAGAAGCGGCCGUGUUGACCACGGAACGAGGCCUUGUCGCAGAAUACGACCGCGUCCACCACGACCAGCUGGUCACGACGGUCGGGAAUGAAUGUGUGGCGAGUCUGCUGCACGAGUUGCUUGUCGACGUGUCCGCCGAAACGAUUCAAGAGGGCGUGGUAGGUGCGAAAACCAUGGAACUGCAGUCGACCGUCGUCCAUUCUCGGCAGCAUCCACAUGUACAAGUCCACGUGCAUGUGGCUCUGCGACGCCAAGUCGUUGGGCGCAAAAUGCAGUUGGAGGUGGUCAAGCGGACGUGGGCGCGGCAACUGGAGCGGCUGCGGUGCGUCCAGGCCGAGGUGCGUCGACGGAAUGACAUGGAGCGGCGGGCAGAAGAAGAACGCAAGCGGCUGGAGGCGGUGUGCAAGGAGAUGGCGCGGGAGGACUUGGCGUGUCGAAGGUUUUACCGCCAAGAAAAGCGUGUUAUGAUGGUGGAAUCUCGACACAUGCAGUUGGCCGAGAUGGAAAUGAGAGAGUAUAUGCGACAGCGUGAACUGCAGUUGAUGCUUGAAAAGUACAACACGUUGGAUGGGGAUGACAAGAAUAAGGAAGGUAGCAAGGUCGCCCGACGUUUGCAGAUCAAAAAAGGCAAGCGGGAAAAGCAUCGUCUGGCCGACGAAUGGGCUGCCAUCAAACUCGAAGACGAUUUGGCCAUGGCUAUCCGAGAAGUGUGGCUGCAGGAGCGACGGGAGCAAGAGCUGGAGCAACAACAGCUCGAGUUUAUGCUGCAGCAAGCCGAGUUCCAAGAGUCCGAUACGGAAAGCGACCUCGAGUUUGAAGACAACGAAGACAUCGACGACGACGACGGGGAUCAGCGCCAGCCGGUGAUGGAUGCCGUCGCGGCGAGAGCCAAGGAGCGGAUGGUUCACUUGAAUCCCAAAGCCAGAGCUAUCCUGGAGCAACAGCUGGAGCGCCGGGCGACAGCCAAGCUCAUUGCAGCCAAGAAGCGGCACGACUUUGCGCAUCGGCUGAACGAAGAGUACAUGGUGGCGGCGGCCGAAACCAUGUUUGCCGUGGCCAGCGCAGAUCUGACCAUUGUCCAAAUGCAAGAAAAGUUGGCGUACUUGCAGCGGUUGGACAGCGACGCCGAUCAAAUCAAGAGGAUGCAACUGGAUCUAAAGCGAAACCAGCAACAAGCCAAAGAAAUCACCGACGGCGCGCGGCGGAAACACGAGUAUGCUGUUGAGUGCCUUGCACGCUGUGCUGCUGCCGAGGCGGCGCUGGAAUUGGCCAUCGCGCGAGAAAAACGAGAUGAAAAGGUUAUGCACAAAACGAUCAAAGACACGGCGUAUAUGGACUCGAGCGUACUGCACAAACGGUGCCAGCGCUUUCUUACGGAUUAUUUGGCCAAGGAAUUGUACAAGAAAUAUUUCCAAACGCUGGUGCACUUGAUCGUAUUGCGGACGUUUACAGUGUCGACAGAGCGGCAUAUGCUGUCUCUGGGGGAACGAAUUCAGUCUCUGGACAGGGAAAGCGCCGACAAAACGGCGCAAGUCGCGCGGCUGUGGCGCAAGCACAUGCGUGCGAGUCGCAUGCGUCUGUGUCGUGCUGAGCUGGGGCGGGUGCUAUUUCGAAAGCAGCGGAAGGAAGCGCUCAAGCGGGCGUUUCAAGGAUGGAUCAACGUGUGGCACCAUUCAUCGGUGGUUCGCAAUGCAUAUGACCUGCGGUACAGUCUAGCCCGCCAAGACCAGCGCGUGGCUGCCCUAGACGCCAUGCAUGCGUCGGGGUCCCAUCUCAAGGCCAACCACGAAGCAUCCCCGUCUCAAACGACUUUGCACAAGUUUCAGCAUCGGUGGAUCCAAUGUCGCCUGUGCAAGACCAUGUACUCGGACGCGCAAAACACUCGGUUUUCGUGUGUGUACCACCCUGCCAAGUACGACCGCGCAUGUGUCAAGUCGUGUCCGUCGCGGCGAGGCGAGCCACUCACGGCCAACUGCAUGCUCCACCGCGCCAUGCGAUGGCUGUGCUGCGACGAAACGGACGAGGGGGCGUUUGGAAGCACGGGGUGCAAACGGAGGUUUCAUGUGCCAGUGCGGGACGACCCGGUAGUGGCCGCCAACGUCCAAGUGGCCGAAGCGCAGGAAAAGGUCAAGAUGGACACAAUAAACGACGAAUUGGUCGAGCUGGAAGGGAAGAGCGUGGCUCGGACGGUGCUGCGUCAAGUACGAGAUCGACUGCAAGAUAUCCAGGACGACUUGGCGACAAAGCGCGCCAAGGCGGCGCGAUACGAUCAUUUCCACACGACUUUGUGAACCAUUCUAGUUCAUAUACGGUGUAUAUAUAUAUAUAUAUACAAAUC